AUGAGGAGUUCGGUACAGUGCGAGAAAUGUCAGAGAAAUGAAGCAAAGUACGGAAAGCCGACAACGUGCAAGUUUUGUCAACUACCAGCUGCAUUUCAUGAGGAGAAGUGUGUUUAUUGCUCUCAUUCGGAACGCAAAUUUGGAGCACCAAUACCGUGUGCAAACUGUAAACUACGUGCAGCGUUUACGAAAGACCCCAAAAAGACCAAACCGACAUUGUGUCGCAUGUGUGUUAUACAAGCACGCGCCAACAAGCAGACAAAUUUAGCAGGUGUUGCUGUUUCGUCUUCUGAUACUCCUAUCGGUCAUAAGAGAAAAAAGGAAGAGAAGAAGAAGGCAGAAAAGACUGAAGUUCAAGUGGUCAAAGUGGCAAAACGUGAUCCUUUUGCGGAUUCUGGGGAAAAUGUAUUGUUGGUUCAACAGCUUCGUGACCAAAUUUCCAAACUGAAUUCAAUCGUGGCCCAGAAGGAUGCAGCUAUGUUGGAAAAAGACAAAAAGAUAGCAACCCUAAAAGCGGAUUUGAUGAGUGCAGAAAGGAAACAUCGAGAAAAAGUUGAGCAGCUUAUGAAAGAUCAUGAUGAAGCGAUACAGAAGUUGAUGGAACGACAUCGUCAAGCAUCAUUGGCAGCAAAAGCUGUAAGUCUGUUUUGUCGAAUCGAUUGA